AUGGUGAAGAAAGCGAAGAAGACACUGGAAUUUGAUUUGGACAUGCUUCAAGUGUUCAAAAAGGUCGAGGUGACCAUACCACUCCUUGAUGCUAUCCAACAAAUUCCCAAGUAUGCAAAAUUUUUGAAAGACUUGUGUACACACAAGAAUAGGUUAGGAGAAUUGGAGACACUAUCCUUGGGUAGUUCGAUUUCUUCCUUGAUGGAACUUAUUCCAAGAAAAUGUGGUGACCCUGGACCGUGCUUAGUGUCUUGUCGUAUUGGUGGAUACACUUUUCAUGAUUGUAUGUGUGACUUUGGAGCUUGUGUAAGCAUCAUGCCGCUGUCCAUCUAUGUGCGGUUGAAUUUAGCUCCAUUGAAGAAGUCAGCGGCGAGGUUUGCCUUAGCCGAUAAAAGUGUGAUCACAGUAAUGGGAAUAGCUGAAGAUGUACUCAUGACAAUUAAGGAUUUGGUUUUUCCGAUUGGCUUUUACAUCCUUGAGAUGCCUCCAACAGAAAGUAGAAGCUCAUCUUCCGUCCUAUUUGGUAGACCCUUUCUCAAAACCUCUAAAUUCAAGUUGGAUGCCUUCACCGGUAUAUAUUCUUUUGGGGUUGGAGACAAGACUAUCAAGUUCAAUUUAGAGGAAGCCAUGAAACAUCCUCCUGAUGAACACUCCAUGCUCCGAUGUGAUAUGAUUGAUGAAGUGGUAGCAGAAGUGCAAGAAGAGGAUCAUGAAAAAUUGUGCUACCCCACUGUUGAGGAGAUGGAUGACCAAGAAGAUGAACCUGAAGAAGUUGUCAAGAGUGAACUCCAUGAGCUUGAUGGAAAGGAACCUCAUCUUGAGACAAAAAGUGAAUUGAAGCCCCUUCCAUCUCAUUUGAAGUAA